CUUGGUUUUCUAGCUAGUUGGCGGAGCUUUUGUAAUUACGAUGAAAAGGAAAUGUUUACCAUUGACGUAGAAGAGAAUAGAUAAAAGUUGGAAGAUCUCAGUCAUUUAUAAUUUUGAUUGUCACCACAAGAUGGCCUCAAUCAAAAUAGCUUUCAGAAAACUUGCUGUGGUAACUGUCAGUUUGCCAUUGUAUUCUUUCAUGUUCUGUGUUAUUUGGUCUCUCUUGUAUGAUUUCAAGUCGUCAACAGCCACACACUGCCAUGUCCACAACUACUUGCCCUCAAUCAGUGCAGCAAUAGGUGGUUUCAAACCGCAGUUGUAUGUUUGGAGAGUUGGGAUUGGCCUACAUGCAGCUCCUAGAUUUCUGGUGGUUUUUAUGUACUUCACAUUUUACAGAGAAUCUCUCCUGAAGAGAGAGUUGUGGCAACGACUCGGCAUUUUCACAUGUUGUCUUCAUGCUGUGGAGAAUGUUAGUUUAAUUGGACUGACCUACAUCUCCUCUUCAGAUAACUACC